AUGGUGGCGUGGUCGUUGUACAAACAAAAACGAAAUAGAAUUGAUAUGAUUUUUUUAAUUGUAAGCGCUUCUGAUAUUUUUGUUGGACUGCUAUCAAUACCAAUGAUCUUGCUUCGAAUUUCGAUUUCAGAUAUUUUUACCCUUUGCCACUUGAUGCCUGUGGUAGAAUUCUUUGCAGUAUUUCCAUGCGGACUUUCAAUCUGGCUAACGGCGUAUUUAUCAAUUGAGCGAUAUCUCCUAUUGAUUCACCCGAUAAUUUAUCGCAAAUGUAUAAAAAGUUCACGCAGUAUUUCACUAACAGCAUUUGUUUGUAUCAGUAUCAUUUUUUAUGCUGCUUUCGUCAGUUACAGAACGCACCAAGCUAUCACGCUAGUUUCUAUAUCCCAAGUUAUUAAUAAACGGAAGUUUCUUGAUAAAGUGCCGCAAUUUUUACAAUGGAGUGCUGAAGUGCUAUUCAUAGUUGGUAGUGCUCUUAUAAACUUCAAACUAUAUAUUCACGUGAGAAAAGAAGCAAGGAAUAUGAAAGGCAAUCGACAUUGCAAAUCUGCUCCAAGUGAUGCUUUAAAUAUGGCUAUCGGGAGAAUAAUUUUUGCCAUGAUCAUCUGUGAAUUACCACAUAUUACCUUAACUUUUCUUGACCUGUUCUACAUAAUCGACACCAAGGAACUUAAAUUAAGAGUAGUGUACUGGGUACUGCUGUUGUUAUACUGCCGUGGUUUUCUAAACGCUGUUAUUUUGCUACGAUCAUCAAAGUUGCGAAGGAAGUAG